AGCAGAAGGUGAGAGCACUGUUUGCCUUACAAUAUAUGUCCUUCUUUCCUAGAGAGCUGCCACAAGAAGACCAAUGUGGAAAUGAAAAGCAGAUGGGGACUGGGAGUCCUACUGCUGGCAGCCUUAUUGAGCGGUAUUGCCAUAUGGUUCCUUUCUGUGAAUGCUGCUGCUGCUGCUGACAUAUUGCUGUUGAUCACUGGUGGAGCUGUCAUUCGCCCAACUACGCAAACAGAAGCCUACGAAAUCCAAACCUACCGGACGCGCCUUACCUUGAAGAGUACAACAAACCUACCACACCAAUCAGAUUUUAUUACCAAUUUUGAAGAGAAUUUGACAUUAUCUGUAGCCAAAACCCAUAAUCCACUUACUCCAGAGAGUGAGAGUUUUUCCACGAAGAUCCCGGACAGCUCAUGGAUUAAAGCAGACCAGGCUGACACAAGGCGCAUCGCUGGGGCAGAAUUAAGUGACCGCACGCGUUUCUAUCCACGUCUUUACUUUGUCGACAAGCAGUCAGUGACAACUGACAUCACCACUGAUGUAAUGGAAACAGACAAGAUGGUUUGCGAGCCUGGACCAAACAACGCAGAACUCCUAGCUAUUGUCACAGGAGCGGUUUUCCUCACUAUUUUAUUAAGUGCCCUUCUCUACCAGUUUGCAGUGUUUAUGAAAAACAAAAAAGCUCAGAGAGACAACUCCGUAUUCAUCAUUGAGAACGAAGUUCAUAAAUAUGACGUAGAAGCCAAUGGACUAGAACCAGAAACAAAGCUAUAAUGAAACGUUCAUCCAGCAGGUCAUUAAUUCAUGCUCAUGAGGUUAUCUGAGCAUGCCAACAAAGACAUUUUGGGUGACUUACAGGGGACUAACAAUGAGUGGUUUCUCCACCAUUUUUUGUUGGCGGCUUAUAAUGUAGUUUUAUCCCUGGAGGGGUUUCUCUGACCUGCGCUUCACAUCUUCUCCAUCAAACCACCUCACUCUUGUACCGGGAGCUGCUGAUGUCAUCAUGAGACCACACAUACCAUUAUAAAUAUGAUAAAAAAUAGUCAACUAUUAACAGGACAGUUAAUAGGAAGUAGAAGAGCUGCUAAGUGUUGAGAAGACGGGUAAAACCACACAGAACGGAUUAGCACUUAAUAAACUUGGUAAAUUACAUGGAGGCUAGGUUUAAGAAUUUCAGGCAAUAUUGAGUAAAAGCUAAUUAAUUCUCAAACUCAUGAUUUUUUUCAUAUGCUCUAUACAUAUAUAAUUAUUUCAUUUCAUUGUAUGAAUUUUUCCAUAAAGGACCUGCAUCGUUUCCUGAUGGGAAUAUGAAAAAAGCUUGUCGAGGCAGAGAGGGUUCUUGCUCUACUUGCAUCUUUAAUAUAAGACCUUUUCAAGAUAAGUUCAGAUGGCUAUUAGUUCACCAAGUCCAUCAUAGGAUUCAGCUUGAUCUUCUCUGUGGAAGUACAGGAGAUCCGAGUACUCUAUGACUUGUACCUCUUUAUGAUUAUUCUGUAGGAAUAAGGAAGAGGAGAGGUCAUCUUGAAUAUUUGGCAUUCUUAUCUUUGUUUGCCUGUGCAGAUUUCAAAUAUUAGGAGAAAUCUGAUGUUGAGUGACUAGAGCUUUAAAGGGCUUGUCCAGGGAAAUAAAAAGUUAUCUGGCUCACUCUGUCAGUGACUGUAUGCAGAGACACAGAAGGGGGGCGGGCUUAGCUAAUAAAGUAAUCCAGGUAGCCACCAACACAGAGAAGGGGGAGGAAGUUCUCUGCUGUGUCAGAACAAACUUGGAAGCAUAAGGUCACCAGGGCAGUAUUCAGAAUGACAGUAAAUUAGAAAGUCUCAGUAAAAUUUAUUAGGCCAAAAACCAAAUGAUCUUGUAUUUCGUUUGCGAUCCCUUUAAUGGGGAAAAUGUCAUGGACUGAAUCUUCUUCCCAAAGUGUAUAACACAUUUUUGCAAAGUUUGGAUCAUGUUUUGUAUAAAGAAACACACGUUCAAACGCAAAUGAAAUCCUCGAUCAAUCCAAUAAAUUAUGAAAAGAUUUUAUUCAUUCUAUUUAUGCCAGAAAUAAAGAAUUUACACAUGAAGAAAAUAAGCGGUUUAUACAGGAUCAGGUUAGUCAUAAUGAUGGACAAUUUGUGCCAAUCAGCAAGUUACUACCGACCAAAUACAAGCUGCACAGAAUAUCAGACAUUUAUAAUAAAAGCCAUUCCCAGCUGCCAGCUCUAAUGGUAGAUCACAGCUAUCAGUAAUGACAUUUUUACAAUAUAUUAGAGGAAUUUCUAUUCCAUAUUUUAGGUAAAGUAACGCCAAACUGUGCUGCAUUCAGAUACUACCUUCAAUCGUCUGAUGGCAGAAGGGAAGUGAGUGGGCUUGCUCUAGGCAAUCAGCCAUACAAUCUAUCUGAAACACAGGGAUUGUUCAGCGAAGAAAA